CGUUUCAACGUGGCUUUGAAGUUGUUGUUCCUUGAAGAAGAAAAAGCAAUCAUAAGUGCCAAGUUAUUGAAGCCAAAAUUCUCACCAUCCUUUUUCGCGCCCAAGAAGUCUUGUGAAAGAAUUUAAAUGUCUUGUACGUCAGUGGUCCCCGUCCUCCAGCCUGAAGAGCCAAGACAUGGAACCACCAAAAGAAACACCAAGCUCUCACCACGAGGACACAAGGUAAGUUUUUUCCCCUCUGGUUCCCCGAGAAGUGCUUCAAGUGUAGUUCCAUCCACGUUGUGCCAACUAGUAAAGAAGUUUGUUCUAUUUUACUACUGCGUUCCUGUCCAAAGCCGUCCGAGCAAGUUCCAAGUCCCAAGCUUAACCAUACUUGACAAUAGGAACCUUGGCCAACCUUCAAGAGCUUUCGAAGAGAGGUUCGUUCGCCUCAAUUAAUUCAACAGCAUCGAUAGGAACACGUGAGAGCAUUAUGGAAAAUCACUCAUGUGGCGUUUGGCUUCCAUGAAGAUCCAAGGGCUUGGAACUCAUGGUUUAAGGGUACGGCCAUGUCUGGUCUGAUUACCUUCCCAUGCAAAAGGUAAACUUGCAACUUGUCUUUGGCUCCCUUUCCAAGGGAAACAUGGAACCAGUCUGAAUCCAGUGCACACAAUCGUUCCAACUUCAUGGUUCCCAACUUGGUUUGAAACCAGAGUAGUGUCCAUUUGUGUACCGUAUUUGUGUAUCCAGUUUUGAACUUGACGGGCUAUGAAGUGAGGCAUUCUGGGUGAUCGAUGAAAAUGGAGCAAUAGUUGGACAUGCUUCAACAAAGGCCCAAAUCAGCCGUGAGAAGGCGCACAGUGGAUCGAGAUGAGACUGAUGAAGGUGUGGGCAUAUUUGAUGACGACAACACGGAAGGAGAUGAUCUGUCUUCCGAAGGCUCGGACGAAGACAAUGAGGAGGAUGAAGGAGCGGUGCUGGAUCAAGAGAUCGAGUUCCACGACUUUGAUCGAGAAGAACAUGGGGAAGAGAUUGACGAACAAGAAGCCGAGGAGCGACUCAAAAAGAAGGCUUUGACACUCAAAUUCUUUGACCAAGCUAUUCAUUUCACGAACGUUGAAGAUCCAUCCAGUGCGGAAAAGGUGGAUCGAAGCGUAAAUCACCGAGGCGUUCAAGACCUCUUCUCAGACAUUUUGUACUCCGAGGAUCCAGUCGAAAUAGUAAAUCUCGAGAGUUACAAUGAAGAAAGCUCCCCUGGGAGUGAAAGUGACGACGAAAAUGAGAAGGUUGGGAUGGAACCCAAAUACCAGGGAAUCUCUAAAAGUUUUGUACAAAGUCUUCACGAUUCCCAG